UGGUGAACAGUGUGUGUGUGUACUGCGCAGUCGGAUCGGAAUCACGUGAUUAGAGUCGAGUCGGAGGAACACAAGGGCCGAGUUGGAACACACUUCAUUUCGGGAAAACAGAGGCUUAGGAUCCAAGAUGACCGACUCGAAAUAUUUCACCACCACCAAAAAAGGGGAGAUCUUUGAGCUGAAGGCUGAGCUGAACAGUGAUAAGAAGGAGAAGAAGAAGGAGGCGGUGAAGAAGGUGAUCGCCUCCAUGACAGUGGGUAAAGAUGUCAGUGCGCUGUUUCCUGAUGUGGUGAAUUGCAUGCAGACAGACAACCUGGAGCUGAAGAAGCUGGUCUAUCUGUACCUGAUGAACUACGCCAAGAGCCAGCCCGACAUGGCCAUCAUGGCCGUCAACACCUUCGUCAAGGACUGCGAGGACCCGAACCCUCUGAUCCGAGCGCUGGCUGUGCGCACUAUGGGCUGCAUCCGCGUGGACAAGAUCACAGAGUACCUGUGUGAACCUCUGCGCAAAUGUCUGAAGGACGAGGAUCCUUACGUGAGGAAGACCGCGGCCGUGUGUGUGGCGAAACUUCACGACAUCAACGCCCAGCUGGUGGAGGAUCAGGGCUUCCUGGACACGCUGAAGGACCUGAUCUCUGACUCCAACCCCAUGGUGGUGGCGAACGCUGUAGCUGCUCUGUCGGAGAUCGCCGAGUCGCAUCCCAACAGUAACCUGCUGGACCUGAACCCUCAGACCAUCAACAAGCUGCUGACGGCCCUGAACGAGUGUACCGAGUGGGGACAGAUCUUCAUCCUCGACUGUCUGGCCAACUACACACCGCGCGAUGACCGCGAGUCCCAGAGUAUCUGUGAGCGAGUAACCCCCCGGCUGUCUCAUGCUAACUCGGCCGUGGUCCUGUCCGCUGUCAAAGUGCUCAUGAAGUUCAUGGAGAUGCUUCCUAAAGACCUGGACUAUUACGGCACCCUGCUGAAGAAACUGGCUCCACCUCUCGUCACGCUGCUCUCCGCAGAACCUGAGCUGCAGUACGUGGCUCUGAGGAACAUCAACCUCAUCGUCCAGAAACGCCCCGAGGUCCUGAAGCACGAGAUGAAGGUGUUCUUUGUGAAAUAUAAUGACCCGAUAUAUGUCAAACUGGAGAAGCUGGACAUCAUGAUCCGCCUGGCCUCUCAGGCCAACAUCGCACAGGUGCUGGCCGAGCUGAAGGAGUACGCCACCGAAGUGGACGUGGACUUCGUCCGUAAAGCAGUCCGUGCCAUCGGCCGCUGUGCCAUCAAAGUAGAGCAAUCGGCCGAGCGCUGCGUCAGCACCCUGCUGGACCUCAUUCAGACCAAGGUCAACUACGUGGUGCAGGAGGCCAUCGUGGUCAUCAAGGACAUUUUCCGCAAGUACCCUAACAAGUACGAGAGUGUGAUUGCCACCCUGUGUGAGAACCUGGACUCUCUGGAUGAACCUGAGGCGAGGGCAGCGAUGAUCUGGAUCGUGGGAGAAUACGCCGAGAGGAUCGACAACGCAGACGAGCUGCUCGAGAGCUUCCUGGAGGGGUUCCAUGAUGAGAGCACACAAGUGCAGCUGCAGCUCCUCACUGCCAUCGUCAAACUGUUCCUCAAGAAGCCCACUGAGACCCAGGAGCUCGUCCAGCAAGUACUCAGCCUGGCCACACAGGACUCUGACAACCCGGACCUGCGUGACCGCGGAUAUAUCUACUGGCGCCUGCUGUCCACCGACCCUGUGGCGGCGAAGGAGGUGGUGCUGGCGGAGAAGCCUCUGAUCUCGGAGGAGACGGACCUGAUUGAGCCUACGCUGCUGGAGGAGCUCAUCUGCCAUAUCGGCACGCUGGCCUCCGUCUACCACAAACCUCCCAGCGCCUUCGUCGAGGGCAGCCGAGGGGUGCAGCACAAACGCCUUCCUGCCCGCACCGGCUCAGGUGAGAGCGCUGAAAGCCCUGAUGCCAGCCAGUCUGUGGUCCCCGAUGCUCCUCCUGCUGUCAUUCCAUCUCAGGAUAAUCUCCUGCUUAACCUGGACCUGGCUCCGCCCACCACUACCAUGCCCUCCGUGCCCCCUGCCAUGCAGAUGGGGGCUGUGGACCUGCUGAGUGGAGGACUGGAUAGUCUGAUGGGAGAUGAUUCAGAAACGCUGGGUGGAGACAUCGGCGGCAGUCCUGCGAUGGGUGUGGGUCUUGGGGGCGCUCCUGUGGGAAUGCCAGCGGGUCUGGGUGGUGCCCCGGCUGUCGGAAGCGGUCUUAGUGACCUGUUUGAUCUGGGUGGGGGAGUUGGCAUGGCGACAGGAGCCUACGUGCCGCCCAAAGCGGUGUGGCUGCUGGCGAUGAAAGCUAAAGGGCUGGAGAUCUCAGGAACGUUCGCUCGGCGCGGUGGUACGAUCCACAUGGACCUGUCUCUCACCAACAAGGCCAUGAGCGUCAUGACCGACUUCGCCAUCCAGUUCAACAAGAACAGUUUCGGGUUGGCUCCUGCUGGUCCUCUGCAGGUCCUGACUCCUCUCAGCCCCAAUCAGACGGUGGAGGUGAGCCUCCCGCUCAGCACCAACGGCCCAGUCAUGAAGAUGGAUCCUCUUAACAACCUUCAGGUAGCGGUGAAGAAUAACAUCGACGUGUUCUACUUCAGCUGUCAGUACCCCAUCAGCCUGCUGUUUGUCGAGGAUGGGAAGAUGGAUCGUCAGGUGUUCCUGGCCACCUGGAAGGACAUUCCCAGCGACAAUGAGACUCCUUUUCAGAUUAAAGACUGUCAGCUUAGUGCAGACAUGGUCAGUAACAAGCUGCAGGGCAGUAACGUGUUCACUGUGGCCCGACGCUCGGCCGACGCCCAGGAGCUCCUCUACCUGUCCAUCAAACUGACCAACAGCAUCUGGGUGCUCACUGAGCUCUGCGUACAGAGCGCCAACCCCAACCACACGCUGUCAGUGAGGUGCCGCGCCCCGGAGGUCUCUCUGUUCGUCUGUCAGAGUUUGGAGCUCAUCCUGCGUAACUGAACCUCCUCAUCCUCGGAGUCCAAGUCGGACUGGAAGUCGAGUUUGGAGCAGAACCCCAGCACCUCCCCUCCCCUCCCCUCCCCUCUGUCUCCUAGCCACAGACCCAUCAGGCUGAACUGCUUUUAAUCCGUCCUCCUCCUCCUCCUCCUCCUCCUCUUCCUCUCUGCAGCACAUCUACAGUGUGUUUAGUUUGUAAACGAACUGGGCGUGUCAGAGAGACGGCUCGGAGCUUCAGCAGACCCUUCUGGUGGUGGGGACUUUAUUCAUGUGUGUACUACUUCAUUAUUGUGUGUGUGUGUGUGUGUGUGUGUGUGUGUUUUCAUGUCCCACAUCAGUCUUGUUUAACGUCCUUAAAUCCCUCUCUCUUUUCAUCCUGGGAGUUUAAAGGGCUUUGUUUCUCAUAUAUUAAAAAAAAAAAAAAAAAAUCUUUAAAUGUUUCUAAAGUAACGUCUUCAAUCAGAGACGUGUUUAUCGUCUCAAGUUUGUUUCCGAGGCUCAUGUCGCUGAUCAGUAACGCGAGCCUGGAGCUACUGGUUUAGCGUUUCUAAAUCACAGGCUCUGGGGUUCUGAAAUGAUCAACUGAUAAUCACUGACUUCUGAACUACAACCCCACCUUCGACCCUUUAGGCCACGCCUCUUUCCUGAGUGGUUAGAGAUGGAGGUCUGAAUUUACACGCUGGUAUGUGAAGCGAGUGUCGCGCUAAACCGGAGGCUGUACGCUCGCGUACGCUGUUAGCUGCAUUAGCCUCGUCGUCCUGGUGGAACACUAAAGACUACGCUCAAGCUGAAUGAGGAGGAUUUACGGUUCGGAAAAUGAACAGCGCACCAAAGUGAAGACUCGUUUAGAGGUUUGGGGUGGGGUUUUUCCUCUUUUUUUUUUUUUUUUUUCCCUAAUUUUUACGGGGUUAAAAUGGUCCAUCUGUGGUUCUGUGUGGAGAGUGAUGUGCAGCUGGAGAGAGACGCGAGUUAAUUAGUGAUGAUUUGAGUUUUCUUUGAAGAGAUCAUUCCAUCCGUGUGUGUGUGUGUGUGUUUGGAGUUUUAAUAGCUGUAAGAGUAAAAGCCUGCCUGAUUCUUAUCCUCAUCUGACUGGUGGUGUUCUUUCUUUUCUUUUUCUUAUCUAUCUGCUUUACUGUGAACAUGUGGAGAAGACUGGGUUGGGUUUUUUUUCUCCCUUCCCUCUUCCCCACACACGUCUUCACCGCAGGCUCCACACUCCUCCUGUAUGUUGGUCCUUUACUUUAAAUCUCCUCCUUGUUGUAAAGUUGAGAGUUUAAAUCCUGACCUUUCUCUUUGUGUGCUGAGAAAAACGAUGCUCGCCGAUCGCAGCCUGAGCGUGUUGAACGGUCCGUCAGCGUUCCAUGAGCAGCAGUUUGGAGCGACACACUGACUUUAAUCAUCUGUGGAUAAACUCAGUUAUAAAUAAAUAAAAUAAUAAAUACA